AUGAAAAAUAAACCAGAUAAUAAUAACGAGUCAAGACAAAAAAUUGUUAGCAUUUUAGAAGAUAUACCAAAAGAAAUAUCAAAAGAUUGGGAAAAAAUAACAACUCAAGCAUUAUUCAAAACUAAAUAUGAUAUAUUCUUAAGAGACCAAUUACCAUUUUUUUUAGAUAUAAUAACAGAAUUAGAAAAUAAAUGGACCCUAAAAAAAUAUGAAGAAAAUCCAGAUGAAUACAUCCAAUCAUUCAAGGAUAAGAUGAAUGAUUUACCCCAAAUAGUUAUAGAAAAAGAUAAAGUUCAAGAUAUUAAAUCCACAGUAACUAUCACUUAA